AUGAAGAUGCAGCCAGACUAUUCAAAGAGCACUGCGGACCAUGUGGAAUCUUUGGAGAAUCAAUGUGUCGUCACCCAAAAACAGGGUCAGCUCUCGACACUGGAUUCGGUGGUAGAGCCAGCACUGGAGAGAAGAGUGAUCCGUAAAAUCGACAUGAUGGUCAUUCCAUUCAUUUGCGUUACAUACUUGAUCACUUACAUUGACAAGGCAAUGCUUGGAUACUCUGCUGUCUUCGGAUUGAAAGAAGGCUUAAAUUUGCAUGGAGCUGAGUACAGCUGGCUAGGAAGCAUGUUUUAUUUCGGAUAUCUUGCAUUCGAAUAUCCCACCUCAUUUAUGAUGCAAAAAGUACCUGUUUCAAAGUGGCUGUCUCUGAAUCUGUUUUUCUGGGGUGGGAUGACCAUGGCUCUGGCUGGUUGUUCUGGCUUCAACUCUUUCCUCGCCUUACGUUUCUUGAUUGGCGCCCUCGAGUCCUGCUCCACGCCCGCCUACCUCUUGAUCACAGCCAAAUGGUACAAAAUUGAAGAACAGCCGAUCCGGAUAGGCUGGUGGUCAACUUUCCUUGGAGUUGCCAACUCCUUUGGCGGCCUCCUAGCGUUUGGAGUGGGUCAAAUAAAAGGAUUAUUGCAGUCCUGGCAGUAUCAAUUUAUUGUCAUUGGUGCUAUAUCAUGCGUUUGGUCAAUUUUCAUGUACUUCAUGCUCGCUGAGAACCCUUCAGUUGCCCCUUGGUUGAACGACGAGGAAAAAGAGGUAGCAGUGCGAAGGCUGGGAAGACGACACCAGGGCGCUAACCACGCAGGAAUUAAAAAGUAUCAGAUCAUUGAGGCCAUCACAGACCCAAAAACCUGGCUUCUCUUCUUGUGCGGAGUUGCCACCCAAGUUGUGAAUGGUGCCGCCAGCAACUUUGGUAGUCUCAUCAUCGAGGGCUUUGGAUACUCGAACCUUGUCACCACUCUAUUUCAAAUCCCCUACGGGAUGGUGAUUAUUGUGUUCAAUGUUUCCGCCAUGUACAUUCAGCGAUGGCUACCUGGACAGAAGCGCUGCCUCGUGGCCAUCAUCUAUGUUUGCCCGGCUCUGGCGGGUGCGGUAGGGAUCCAUACAAUCCCACGCGAGCACAAAGCAGCACUACUAGUCUGCUACUGGUUAACAAGCACAUAUACCGCCUCGUUUGCGAUGAUCAUGUCGCUCAUCACCGCCAAUACCGGAGGCUCCACAAAGCGGACUGUAGUGAGUGCACUAUUCUUUGUGUCGUACUGCGUCGGAAAUAUCGUGGGCCCAUUUUCAUUCAAGGAGAAUGAAGCUCCUACCUAUACUUCCGGGAUCGUGGCCAUGUUAGUGGCAUAUUGUGUGGAGAUCUUUCUAGUUCUAUCAUUCGCAGCAUAUGCGGGUAUGCUAAAUAGAAAGAAGGAACAGGCUUUAGACAGUCAAGGGAUUGCAUUGGAAGAUGCAAAUGUACAAACCUCAUCUGCGGAGGCCAACUUUGAUCAAACGGACAGAGAAGAUAUAUUUUUCCGUUAUUCAUUCUAG